GCUUGGGAGCUUUCCCUCCCCCCUCAAGCACGGUCAUGCUCCACAGACAGACGCAGCGGUGCCUGCUGUCAAUGAGUCCAGCUGUCGCUCCUCUUGUCUUUUUGUCUCUCUUUUUCGCGCCUUGACUUGUCUGCGUGAUUUGGCUCUCGUUUUGCAUUCAUACAAGAGGCAGUUUCGCUCGUUCCCCUGAUCCCGUCGUCCGCUCCGAGGUCAUCGUCAUCGCCAAUGUUCCCACAGGCCGGCACCGCCUCACCUUGUGCAAGCUUGCGGCACUUUGGUUACUAAUUCGCCAUUGUUGCUCCGGGCCGGGCAUAUAAUUCAUCUCUCGACUACGGAGGCAGCAGAGACGGCCGAGGCCAGUGUAUCGCCCGCCACGUCAUGCGCCUUCCGACCGCCAUCGCUCUUUUGGCGACAUGGACCUCUGAUGGCGCCGCCCAGUUCUUGUCCCAAGACGCCAACGCGCGUAACCUCACCGUGGUGCGCUCACCUGGCAACAGUAACGUCACCGUUUCGUACAAGCAGCCCGACGGCGUCUGCAAGACGGCCUUUGCCAGGCAAAAGCAAUACACGGGCUGGGUCAACAUUCCCGGCGACUACCCCACGAAUCUCUUCUUUUGGUUUGUCGAGGCCCGGAACCCGACAGAAAAUCUGACGGUUUGGCUCAAUGGCGGCCCUGGCUCAAGCUCCAUGUAUGGCUUCUUCACGGGCAACGGACCGUGCGCGGUGGUUGAGAAGGGCAUGGACAAGUAUGACACUGUUGCGAGGGAAUGGGGCUGGGACCGUGCCUCCAACAUGCUUUUCAUCGACCAGCCUAAUCAAGUCGGAUUCUCGUACGACAAGCCAACGAACGGCACCAUAUCCAUGGUCAACGAAACCAUUGCCGAGCCACCGGUUCCUCCGCUUGACUCCUCACCCGAUUGGGAUCUGAUCAAUGGCACAUUCAGCACGAACAACGCCAACUCCACCGUCAAUACGACACAGCUGGCGGCGAUGGGGACGUGGCAUGUCCUACAGGGUUUUCUUAAUACUUUUCCGCGGAACCGGACACGCUCCAACAGCUCGGUAGCAGUCAGCCUCUUCGCAGAGAGCUACGGAGGCAUGUACGGACCGAUAUUCGCGGAAACGUGGGAGGCGCAAAACCAGAAACGACUGAUGGGGACUUUGAGUCGCAAUUCGACUGUUGAGGUUCGACUAAAGUCGUUGGGGAUCGUGAACGGAUGUAUCGACAGGGUCAUCGAAUCACCCAUGUACAUCAACUAUGCCAUCAACAACACAUACGGAGUCAGAGCAUAUACUGAUCGGGAGGCCAAGUUCUACCUGGACAAGUUUGCGAGACCAGGGGGCUGCAAAGACCUCGAAACACAAUGCCAGGCUGCGGCCGCAAGCAUGGAUCCCACAGGGGCGGGCGACCAAGGGAUUGUCAACGACCUAUGUACUCAGGCGGCGGUCGCAUGCUCAGAAAUGGAAGACCUCUUCUUCCAGUCAAACAGGAGUGUGUACGACCUCUCUGCUCCGGCGGCGGAUCCGUUCCCGCCCAUGUACUUUGUCGACUACCUCAACCAGGAGAGCGUCCAGCGCGCAAUUGGCUCGCCUAUCAACUAUACCUCGUCAAGCGAUAGCGUCUUCAGGAACUUUAACGGCACAGGGGAUGCUGGCCGCGGCGGCAAUGUCAGACGCUUGGCGAAGCUUGUUCAGGACGGGGUGCGCGUGGGCCUCAUCUACGGCGACCGCGACUACAUUUGUAACUGGUUUGGCGGCGAGGCCGUGUCUCUGAGCAUCGCGCAGCAGGCCGGAGGCGAGUACGCUACCAAGUUCCCGGCUGCAGGCUAUGCUCCCAUCAUUGUCAACGACUCGUACGUCGGCGGCGAGGUGCGUCAGUUUGGCAAUCUAUCCUUCAGCCGGGUCUACCAGGCCGGCCACGCUGUUGCCUCGUACCAGCCCGAGACGGCGUUCCAGGUCUUUGCGCGGAUCCUCCUGGGCACGUCGGUGUCGACAGGCAAGGACAUUGAUUUGAGCGCCUACAACACGACGGGCCCGCUGAACUCGACGAAAGCGGAGAAGCUGCCGGACAAGUUGAAGCCAACGUGCUACGUCCGCGCAUAUGAGUCGACGUGCGACAAGGAUGCUCAAAACCUCGCCGCGAGUGGAGAGGGAGUGGUCAUUAAUGGAAUACUAUAUAGCAAGUCGGAGGACUGGCCCUUGGCCACGCAGACCCCAACGUCUACGACCACGUCGGCCGCUUCAGAUACCAUGACGGGGGUCUUCACCGCCACGACGACACCCACGCCGACCAACGCGGCUACGGCGGUGUUGGGGCCCGAGUUAUCGGCGUGGGAGAUUUACGCCUCGCUGCUGGCGUUGCAUGGGCUUCUGCGUCUAAUAUAGGUCUCGGGUCUCGGCCAUGGCGCCAUACCUGGGGGGGCAGGCAUGAAUGAGCAUUUAUUUACACAGCGGCGAAGGCAUACAUUUGCGGCCAAGAAAUUUUGGGUAUCCGAUUGGCCCGGGACAUAAUGGGGAGUUUGUAGAUAUCAGUUUUUUGGGGGCAAUAUUGGCAAGGGAGCCAAGUUUCAAUAGAAGGCAACUUCUGCCGUUG